AUGGAUAGAUUUACAUCGAGAAUGAUUUCUUAUAAUGAACAGCAAAAUAUCGAUCGUCAUUCAUUGAGAGCAAUUAUUAUGAAUGGUACGUCAUUUCGAACAGUUAAUAAUCAUUUUUUUAUUGAGUUUAUAAAAAAACUUAAUCCAUCAUAUGUUUUACCUGGCCGAAAAAAAUUAGCACGUGAAGUGCUUACGGAAGAAAUGGUUUAUGUCGAGAACAAAAACGAAUCAUUACUUGUUGAAGCUGCUCAUCUUACAUUAAAUAUUGAUGGAUGGAGUGAUCGAUGUCGUCGAUCUUUACAUGAAUACAAUGUUAUUACAGAUAGUCGUAGGACCAUCGUCCUUUCACUUGUAGAUAUCAGCAGUCAUCAUCAUACUGCGGACUUUUUGGUCAAAAAACUAGAAGCUAUUUUAGCUCAAAUGUCCACAACCAUCAACAUCACUUCAAAAAUCUGUGCCAUUGUUACUGAUAAUCCAAAUAAAAAGCAAAAAAUGCGUGAAAUAUUUAUAUCUAAACCGGGAAAUCAACAUAUUAUUGGGUCAAGGUGGUUUGCACAUGCAAUUAAUUUAAUUGCUGGUGAUGUGUCAAAACAUGUUUAUGCAUUAAAUAUUUUAAACAAGAUAACAGUGGUUACAACAUUUGCAAAUCGAUCACAUAUGUUUAAAGCUAAACUUAAAGAAGAAGCUCAACGUAUAAAAAUUAAAAAAGAAGCUCUACAUACAAUUGCCACAACCAAGUGGUCAAAUGUUUCUGAUUGUCUUCAUUCAUUUAUUCUUCUUCGUGCACCACUUGAAGUACUCGUGGCUGUUCAUAAAUCAAUAGCAUCUACAAAGAUGAUCAGAUUUAUUAACAAUCGUUCAUUUUUUUAUGAUAUAGAAAAUUUUGCUUAUUAUCUUCAUCCAAAAUAUCGUGGUAGUGGAAUGCUUACCAGUGGUCGAUCAGCUGUUUAUUGUUUUCUAGCUGAAUAUAGCAAGAAAAUUGGAAAUAAUUUAACAACGACAAAAAACGUAACCAGUGCUUUGCAACGAUUUGAAAUUAAGAGUGGGCUAUAUGCCUUGAAUUUUACACAGGGCGCGGUGCACAUCUCUGCUACUAACUCAGAUGAUGCAACUGAUGUUGAUUGUUUAGAAGAUCUAUUAAAUUUAAGUGAUGACUUAACUAUAGAUUCUAGUAUUGCUGAAGGAAAAACUAUUCCAUGCAAUAAUGCAACUGCUUUUAUUCAAUGUAUCAAUGGAAAUCAUGAUGUUUUGUGUGAAAAAUGUGAAGAAGAAUGCAUUAAUGAAGAACAAUCAGACGACAAUGAAGCUAUCCCUGAAUUUACUUGCAAGUUAAAUAUACACGAUCGAGAUUUUCAACAAAUAUUGGUUGAUAUUGGAUUUAUUGAUGAUAUUCGUGAACCAUUAGCUGAAGAAGAUGGUACAGCCGAACAUGAUUUGGCUGAAAAAGCAUGGAACGAACAUUAUGAUGUUGAUGAACUAUAA